CCCCUCCCUUCUCGGCAAGAUGGCGGCGCCCGGCUGCAGCGCGCCCGGCCUCUGGGUCCGGGGCUCCGGGCAGUGUCUCGGAAGUCUUUUCACCCUCUACUCAAAACCACUUUGUUCCGCUGCUGCUGCUGCUGCCUCUCGGCCCCUGGAUGCUCAGCGAUUAGCAGAGAGACUCCGGGCCCAGAAACAGCAACAAAAGACGAAGGAGCCGGCGCCCACAAACCCUGUUCAGCGGAGAGUGCGAGAACUAGUGCGGUUCACAGAGCAGCUGCAGCGCGUCCACCCCAACGUGCUGGCUAAGGCGCUGAGCCGGGGAAUUGUCCAUCAGGACAAGGACCUUGUGGUCAUCAAUAAGCCCUACGGUCUCCCUGUGCAUGGUGGCCCUGGGGUCAAGCUCUGCAUCAGUGAUGUACUGCCUGUCCUGGCAAAGAUACUGCAUGGCCCCAAGGCAAAGCCGCUGCACCUGUGCCAUCGGCUGGACAAGGAAACCACAGGUGUGAUGGUGUUGGCUUGGGAAAAAGAAGUGGCGCAUCAAGUCCAAGAGCUGUUUAGAACCCGUCAGGUGACAAAGAAGUACUGGGCCAUCACCGUGCGCGUCCCGGUGCCUGAAGCGGGAGUCGUGGACAUCCCCAUCAUCGAGAAGGAGGCGCAGGGCCAGCAGCAUCACCACAAGAUGACGCUGUCCCCGAGCUACCGUGUGGAUGACGGGCAGAUGGUGAGGGUUCGGAGCAGCCGGAACGCACAGCUGGCAGUGACUCAGUACCAGGUGCUGAGCAGCAGCCUGUCCGCCGCCCUCCUGGAGCUCCAGCCUAUUACCGGAAUAAAACAUCAGCUUCGUGUUCACCUGUCUUUUGGGUUGGAUUGCCCAGUCCUUGGUGAUCACAAGUACUCAGACUGGAACAGGCUGGCCCCCCAGAAACUGUCUGCCGGGAUCCUGAAGAAGCUGGGGCUGCAGCAGUCCAAGGCCCGCCACCUCCCCCUGCACCUGCAUGCCUGCCAGCUGACCCUGCCUGCCCUGCAGCCCCAGAAGGAAGAACUCACCUUGCUCUGCAGGCCUCCUCGCUACUUUGUCAACUCCCUGCGCCGUCUGGGCUUAAAGAUGCCGAGUCGGGACCAUAGUGCGGGUGAUGAAGCCGCACAGCCAGGAGCCCAGUGAAGACGGUCGGGCAGUCUGCCCUGAAUUCUUCACUUUGUUUAAGGGACUCUGCUGACUUCUCACCGGGGCCAGACUCCAGAAGAGCCAGGUGUGAAGAGUUGGAGAAACCGCUGCUUCGGGGCUUUUACUGGAGGCUAGCAUCUGUUUCCCACCACUCUGGUCACACUCUGGGAAAACCAGCAGGCAGCUUCCCUGCCUCCAAGUCGACAAGAGUCCAGGAUCAGGAGAGCGAAAGCCCGGGACUGCUGAUCCGGCAUGGUUUUUACCCAGCAAUGAAGCACUUGACCUAUCAGGACAGUUCCUGUUGUUGGAGAGAACGUGAUGGUUAUCUAGCUCAGAGAGGGAUUCAGGAGCAGUUUCUGUCCUCAUGGAGGUCACAGGACCGCUCAGCAAAGCCUUUCUGCUUGAUUUGUUCAGUCCCAGAUUUUUAGAAAUAUUAUUAUUGGAGUUUGAUCGCUUUACAAUGUUGUGUUAGUUUCUGCUGUGCCACCAAGUGAAUCAGCUGUGCAUAUACAUACCUCCCCUCCCUCUUGAGCCUCCCGCCCUCCCAUCCCACCCCUCCAGGUCAUCACAGAGCGCCAAGCUGAGCUCCCCAUGCUACACAACUGCCUCCCGCUAGCCAUCUACAUUUUCCAGACGGUAAUGUACAGAUGUCAGUGCUACUUCCCAGUUCGUCCCACUCUCUCCUUCCCACCCCAUUUCUACAUGUCCACCCUCUACAUCUUCAUCUCCAUUCCUGCCGGGCAAAUAGGAUCAGCUGUGCCAUUUUUCUAGCUUCUAUCUAUAGGCAUUAAUACACGAUAUUUGUUUUCCUC